AUGGUCUCCACGCGCUCCUCCUCCGUCGCCCUCAACACCCCCGACCUCCCCACCCCCGCCAAAACACCACGCUCCCGCAAAUCCGCGACCCCUCGCGCGCCAACAACAACAACGACGACCACCAAGACCUCCGCCGCAACCUGGUCCCACACGCCCACGCCCCUCACCCUCCUCUGGCUCGCCGUAUCCGUCCCCCUCGUCGCCUGGGACACGGGCUACGUUCUCCUGCGACCGCAUACCAUGGAAGGCGGCGCGCUCCACUGGCCGCUCUACGUGCCCUAUAAACUCUACGGCGAGAUCGACCAUAUCUACGGCUGGAAGGCUUUCAAUGCCGGGAACGGCUUCACGAGCGCCCAGGGUACUCUGAACGUAGUGGAGUCUUUGCUCUAUCUUGCUUAUUUGUAUCUUUGGAGCAAGGGGAGGGCUAGCGAUGGGAGUGUUGGGGGGAGGGUAGGUGGUUUGGGCUUGCUUUUGGGGUGGGCGGCUGCUGUUAUGACAUUGAGCAAGACGGUUUUGUAUUGGCUCAACGAGUACUAUUCAGGCUUUGACAACAUUGGCCACAACACGCCUUUCAACUUGUUCUUCCUCUGGAUCAUCCCCAACGGUGCCUGGAUUGUUCUCCCUACAUACAUGAUCUACGUCAUGGGCGCCGACAUCCUCAACGCCUUCGCCGUCGCCAGCGGCGACAAGUCCGAAUAA